UCUUCGACUGUAUAAAAACCUGAUGCUGUACUCAAAGAAUUUGACUCUAACAGAUCCUAAAUACUUUAGACAACGAAUAACGACUGAGUUUCGUAAAAAUAAAGUCUUGACUGACGGAGAAUCGAUCAAUUUUGCUUACAAGAAAGGCGAGGCGUUGCUGAAUCGUGGAGCUGUGGUAUAAAAAAUGCAAGUCCUCCGCCCAUUUAUACACACCAUAACCAAACUCUCACCACACUUGUAUAUACCUGCAGCUAGUAAACACACAAUAGACUAUUCAAAAGUACCAAAAAUUCACGAAUAUGAUUUAGAAGAGAAAUUCGUUAGAGGAAGUGGCCCUGGCGGGUCAGCUGUUAAUAAGAACUCUAAUUGUGUUGUUAUAACCCAUAUACCUUCAGGCAUGGUUGUGAAGUGUCACACUAGCCGAAGCCAAGAUGAGAACAGGAAAAUAGCCAGAGAACAGCUUAUAGCUAAAUUAGACGAAGAACUGAAUGGAGAAGACAGUGUGGCCGCUCAAAGAAAGAAAUUAGAAGAGAAAAAGUCAAAAAGAAAUGAUUACAAAAGAAAGAAAAAAGCUGAGAUGAAGAGCGAGUGGAAGAAACGUGAAGGAUUGUUAUGAUUAUGAUUUAAAUUUUCAGCUGUAAUUAGUGUAGAUAGUUGGGAGUUAUUGUACAAGUAAAUAAAGUAGUUUGUACUGCCAUAUAAUUAUA